GUCAACUUAUUUUCAGGUCAAAUACCUCCAACAAUCUGGAAUCUAAUAGAACUUAAUGGGCUGAAUAUUUCCUCCAACAAUCUCAUAGGUAUGAUUUCACCUAAGGUUGGAGAUUUGAAGUCACUCUCUACUCUAGAUCUUAGUAUGAAUCAACUGAGUGGGCAGUUGCCCAAAACCAUCUCCAAACUCAAUAAAAGAUUGAGUAUUUUGAAUUUGAAGAAGAAUCACUUUCAGGGCAACAUUUCCCAAAUAUUUACCAAGGGAUGCAGGCUAUGACAUUUUGACAUAAAUGGAAAUCAAAUGAAUGGAACAUUACCAUGCACAUUGGUAAAUUGUAGGAUGCUUGAAGAACUAGAUAUUGGAAACAAUGACAUAAUUGGCCCAUUCCCUUUUUGGAUGGAAACUCUUCCAAAGCUUCAAAUUCUUGUGUUGAAGUCUAAUAGAUUCCAUGGUAUAAUUCCUGCUUCAAAAAUGAAGCUUCCAUUUCCUAAUCUGCGAAUUCUUGACAUGUCCUAUAAUGAAUUCACUGGAGUUCUCCCAAUUGAAUUUUUAGAGAAUUUCAGAGCCAUGAUGAAUGUGAGUGAAAAUGAAAUUGGCGACAAAUACUUAUACUCUAGUUCUCUAUCGACUGUUUUGCUAAAGGGGUGCCCGUAUGAGCUGUGGAAAAUCCGAAGACCUUAUACAAGAAUCGAUCUAUCAAACAACAAAUUUCAAGGAGAUAUUCCAAGCUCUAUUGGAAAGCUCAAGGCCCUACAUGCUCUAAACUUGGCUAAUAAUAGUUUCACAGGUCAUAUCCCAUCAUUAGAAAAUUUUACUUCACUCGAAUCAUUGGACCUUAGUUCAAAUCAACUAACAGGAGAUAUUCCUUGGCAAUUGACGAAGUUGACAACUCUAUCAUCCUUUAACAUUUCUUACAACCAUCUUGUUGGUCCAAUACCUAAGCAAGGGCAACUUCUUACAUUUCCUAACACUUCAUAUAUUGGCAACCUAGAAUUAUGUGGAUUGCCAUUGACAAUGAUGUGUGGAAAUGAUGAACCACAACCGAAGCUUCUAGCAUCGACAGCACAGAUGAAAGAUGAUUUCAGUAUCUUAGACGGAUUCACCUGGCAAGUUGUCCUCAUGGGGUAUGGAUGCGGAAUGUUAUUUGGAUUGGUUACAGGAUAUUUAAUUUUUAAAUAUGAAAAACCUAAAUGGUUUAUCGAAUUUGUUUAUCAUGUUUAUAGAAUAAAAAGAUGGUAGAAGGUGGAAGUAGAUUGUGUAUAGUUAUUAGCUGAAGAAGAAAUAAGAUCAAUUUUAAGUCUUUCAAGAAUAUGUACAUUAGCAUCUAUUUAC